ACCUAAAGCUGGGGCUUUGCGCUUAAUGGUCCCUUCCACUAGGCGGCGGAAAGAGUCUUCAAGUUCACCGCGCAUGCGCUAGCUCUUUCUUUUCCGGCGGCGACCAUGGCGGGCGAAGAAGCGAAGAAGAAGUUGCCUUCGGUUCCCGAGAGCCUUUUGAAGAAACGGAAGGCUUUUGCUGAUAUGAAGGCCAAACGUCUGAAAAAGCUGUUGGUCCAAAAGAAGUUGCGAAUUGCUGAACGAAAAUUAAUCUAUAAAAGGGCUGAGUUAUACCACAAAGAGUACAGGCAGAUGUACCGGCGCGAAAUUCGCAUGGCCCGCAUGGCUCGCAAAGCUGGCAAUUACUAUGUACCUGCUGAACCAAAACUGGCAUUUGUGAUCAGGAUCAGAGGAAUUAAUGGCGUUAGUCCCAAGGUUCGCAAAGUACUGCAGCUUCUUCGCCUGCGUCAAAUUUUCAAUGGCACAUUUGUGAAACUCAACAAAGCAUCCAUUAACAUGCUGAGGAUUGUUGAACCUUACAUUGCAUGGGGUUACCCCAACUUGAAAUCUGUGCAUGAGUUGAUCUACAAGCGUGGUUUUGGGAAGAUCAACAAGCAGCGCAUUGCUUUGACAGAUAACUCUCUCAUCAAACGAUGCCUGGAAAAACACGGCAUCAUUUGCAUGGAGGAUCUGAUCCAUGAAAUCUAUACUGUUGGCAAAAACUUCAAAGCAGCAAACAACUUUCUCUGGCCAUUCAAGCUGUCUUCUCCACGGGGUGGAAUGAAGAAGAAAACUAUUCACUUUGUAGAAGGUGGUGAUGCAGGAAACAGGGAAGACCAGAUUAACCGGCUCAUAAGGAGGAUGAAUUAAUGGGGCCUAGCAGAUGACAUCUCUAUGCAUUGUUAAUAAAAAAAAUCUUCUGUGAAA